AUGAUUUUGCCAUCAUAUGAAGAAACUUUACUAUCUGAACCCAAAAAAACCAUCAAGCGCUUUUUUCACUUGCACAAACACGCCUCAGGUCUUGAUAAAAAGCAACCGAUCGUUAUUAUCGGUAUUCACGGGUAUCAACCAAAGCUAUUGCAACCAUUUGAAAAAUUAGAUUCGAAAGGCUUCUGCGUGAAAAUGGCUGAAGCAAUCCGUCAAAAGUUGAACUUAGGUCCAAAUGAAGGCGAUAUUACAAGUAUUCCGUUGGACGGAUACGGAACAGUUUUGAAACGACGAGAUGCUUUCUUGGAGCAAAUACAAGACAACAAAACGUUAAGUGAGAAAAUCAAAAAAGCUAAAGCUUUGUUUAUUAUUGGACAUUCGCAAGGAGUCCCCGUUAGCGUUUUAUUACUACAGAAAUUGAUUGAAGUUAGAUUAGUUGAUCCCGAUCAACAAACAAUUUGUGCUUUGUUGUUGGCGGGAAUCUCGCAAGGACCGAUUUCGAGAUUAUAUCCUGCAGUGAAACUUGCUGAAAUAGUAGACGAUGUUCAAUCAGAAGAGCUGUUUGAUUUUCAAAAGUCUUCGUCGCCAAUAUCGCAGGAAUAUCGUGAUGCUACAAUUAAAAUUUUAAAGCAUAGAGUCAAGAUUAUAUAUUUUGCUUCUGGAAAUGAUGACAAAGUUCCGCUUCAUUCUGCAUUAUACACGAAUAUGGAUCACCCGUCAAUAAAACGUGGUAUAUAUGUCGCCGAUUCUAUAUAUGACGAAAAAAGAUUCGUAGUAGAUCUAGUAAGAAUACUUAUUCGACUCCGAAACAAUAAUCAUUCCGAUCAUGGUCUAUUGGUUCUCCUGAGCGAAUCUUUAUUUGGAUAUUUAAAAGAACAUGGUCACGCAGAUUUACCCGAAGAACCCGAAGCCUAUCAAUAUGCAGUCGACCACUUAUACGUGUCAAAAGAAUGCAAAAAUGUUCGCGCAAAAUUCACCGAAUUUGAUUACACGUUACCUGCAAAGUCGCGCAAAACUUACAUACCAUGGGCAAUGCGCGGUCUAUUAACUGACGAAAAGACAAUAAUCACUGAAAAACUUAUCCCUGAUUUCAAUAAUUUGCGGCAAUGCUUUAAAACUUGGUCGCCUAACCGGACUGAUUCGAUCGCGUCAGAAUUGAAGUAUGACUUACAGCCGUUUGGAGAUGAUACGGAGGAACAGUAUAUUGAUGAUUACCAGAAUUUGUCGAAGUUGUAA